UGGCAUAGGAAGCAUAUUCUUCAAAAAUUCUGAGUGUGGUCAGUAGCAGACUCAACUUCGUAAUGAAAGGUGGUCAAAAGAUGAUGGUACAAAUUGUGGAUGUUAGGGAUGUUAAAAAGUGCAAACCUCGUUUACCUUCUCUUGGUCGUGACGUCAAAAUUAUAUAUCGGUUCGACGAAGCAAAUAUUUUUAGUUGAGAAUGAGAAAACUCGAGGAGGAGCACUUUCAUGUAUCCAUAAAAUGAAGAUAUGUCUACGCUAUCUCGGUGACCCUGGAUAUCAACAAGGUACUGGUCAGGAACUUGGUGUUAGUCAAGCAGCGGUAUCUCGGACUGUGGAUAGAGUUGUGAACAGCAUAGUUGCACAGUCGAACGAAUGGAUCAAGUUUCCAACUACCAACCAUGAACUGAUGGAGGCCAAGCGGAUAUGGACUUAA